AUCAUGUCCCCAGUGUUUGCUCAAUGGCUUAGGUGAGCAGAGACUCCGGCUGUCGUGAUUAAAGGACUCACGCAUCCGUCUCUGCGCCGACAAACCUCGAAGAAAGCCUUUCAGAAGAGAGGACGCCGCGGUCAAGACGAGAUGGGAAGUGAGGAUGACGGUUUCCUCAGGUCCCGCGGUCGAGCCUUCCCAAAGAUGCCCACCUUCCCGGACCUGGACAGCUCUCUGGACGGGGAGUCCAGUCCCGGCAGGGGUCAGCCAGACCACGCAGACAACCACAUCACCAGCAACGGUGGGAGAAGCCUCCUGUCCUCCCAAGCAGGACAACGGAAAAUUGAAGUGGAACAUGUAAUCGGCAAAAAGCUGCAACUAAAAAGAACGGCAGAGCACAUGAAAAGUGAACUAUUGCGUCAGUUUGACAGCCAGGUCAGUGACUUUGUGGACAGUCUAAUUGAGGAAUCGGCCACCCUUGAGCCAGCACCUGUACCUGCCGUCUUCUCACCUCCACUGUCGGAAAAGGAGAGGAGCAAACUGGGGCACUUCCGGCCUCCCCAUGGCCAGGGGAAGCAGUUUGUUAGUAGGAGGUCCCUCUUAGACGAGCUGUUUGAGGUGAACCACAUCAGGACUAUCUACCACAUGUUUAUCGCGCUGCUCAUUCUCUUCAUUCUCAGCACACUUGUGGUAGACUUCAUCGAUGAAGGCAGACUGGUGCUGGAUUUUGACCUGCUGGUGUAUGCAUUUGGAAAGUUCCCUCUGGUGGUGUGCACAUGGAUCUGCAUGUUCCUCUCUGUGUUGCUGAUUCCCUACACCUUGUUCCAUCUGUGGUCACAGAGCCAGUUGGGCCCCUAUGGUCACAGCAGGCUGUACAGUCUGCUGUUUGGAUCUGUGUUCCUCCUCUAUCAAGGUCUGGGUUUGGGAUUCCUCCCCACAUAUGUGGUGGUGACAAACAGUCUGCCCCCCGCAUCCUGCUUCAUCAUCAUCCUGGAACAGGUACGGCUGAUGAUGAAAGCUCACUCCUUUGUUAGAGAGAAUGUGCCAAAAGUCCUGACUUGGAAAAAAGAAAAGAGCAGUAUGUCCUGCCCCAGUGGUGCCACAGGUUUCUCAGUAUCUCUACUUCCUGUUUGCACCCACACUGGUAUACAGAGACAGGUACCCCAGGAACCCAGUGAUCAGAUGGAGUUAUGUGGCCACAAAGUUCCUUCAGGAGUGCUAAUUCUCUUCCUGGGUUUCUUUGCCUUUCUUCACUGUUGGCUCAACGCUUUUGCUGAGAUGCUUCGCUUUGGAGACAGAAUGUUUUACAAGGACUGGUGGAACUCAACCUCUUUUGCCAAUUACUACCGCACUUGGAAUGUAGUGGUCCAUGACUGGCUUUAUUAUUAUGUGUACCGGGACUUCCUGUGGGUGUCUGAGAAGCGUUUUCGGGCAGCAGCCAUGUUCUUCGUGUUCACGCUGUCUGCGGUGGUCCAUGAGUACAUUCUCGCAGUGUGCUUUGGCUUCUUCUAUCCUGUGCUCUUUUGUCUCUUCAUGUGCUUUGGAAUGAUGUUCAACUUCAUUCUGCAUGACCAAAGGAAAGGCCCCAUCUGGAACAUAAUCAUGUGGACAGCACUGUUUCUUGGUCAGGGAGUCAUUAUCUGCCUGUACUCCCAGGAGUGGUAUGCCCAGCUCUACUGUCCCCUGAAGCAGUCUUCCUUUCUAGAGUUGCUGAAGCCUCGUUCCUGGAGCUGUCAAAGAGGCUUAACGGAACACUCUGAAACCCUGUGAUUAUAAAAUGGAGCUAUUGGAAGGAGGACCUUCAGUGAUCAGUAUAAGCUCAACCAGCCUUUCUGUUAAUGUCACAACUUCUGAUCUCAUUUGUUUUAUUGCACUGAUGUCUUGGAUGUAUAUGAAUGUAUGGGAAAGUAUCUGCUGAAAUGCCAAAAAACAGCUAAGUCACAGCAAUGCCUUAUCUGUCCAAAGUUAACCUGACAUAAAAAAACUUUACUUAAAGCACCUGUAAACUCCUACUUAUAUGCACUACAGAUGUUCCUGAUGUGUUUCCCUUAAUCCACUGUGAAAACACACCUUAUACCAAUAUAAGAGGGUGGCAAUAAUGAGAUGGCAGCUGAACACAAACAUUACACAGUGCAAACAUUAUUUGUAUGUGUGCUAAUGGUUAAUGUCUGACAGAGUUUGCAGUCACUACUCCACUUAUUUCAGUGUGUUUGACGAUGGACUGAAAAAAAUCAGAUUUAUUCUAAAUGACAAUAAGAUGAUCAUUCCAAAAAAAACAACAACCUCUUCGUGUUUUGUAUAAAACUGAGAAACAGCUGUCUCUACCAUUGCUGAUAUGACAUUGUAUAGUCAGAAAGUGAGUUUAUAUGAUUGGAACUCUUCUGUACAAGCUACACUCUAAUUGUUCUUUUGAUUUUCAGCUGAUAAGUCACAAGUUAGGAUUGUGUCCAGCUGUAAAUGUUAAUUCUAAAGAUAGUGAAUCCACACUGACAGUAGAGUUGAACGGCUGUUCUGUGCUGAGUAAUGACUCAGCUGGAUGCACCAUAAAUGAUUAAUUCAAUUGUUUGAACACGCAGUACAGCAUUAUGAAGAAUGUUUCUUUAGAACCAAGAAAUCGUGUCAGUGUCAUUACCAGCAUUAAGACUAAUUUUAUUUAAGGUGAAAUAAGUGCCUGGUUAAAGUCAUAAAAGUAUUAUUUUUAGAAAUUUUGGUCAGGCUAUUGGAUGAUGACAUUUUCAUAUUAUUUUGUGGUAUAGAAGCAGUGUUUGUAUUUUGGGAAAAUGUAAUGCUGGGGCAAUAUUGGAGUGCAGGGAUGCUGUUUUUACAUUUGAGAAAAAUGUAAUGCACAAUACAAAGUACAAAAACAGCCUUUAAAGAACUGCAGGCUCUUAAAAAAUAGAUGGCCACAAGGUGGCACCUCAGUAAAGCUUUGGAUUUGAUUUUAUUCCUCUGCUCAUUUUGGCAAGCCAUGUUUCUCUGGAUGCUAAUGCUGGUCAACACAGCCACCACCCUCAUAAGAGAACAGAUAUUAGAAUAUUUCACCUUUAACACGUCCACACAAAUCCUGCUUCACACCUUUGAGAUUUGGUACGAACGUAUUACAUCUGUAAUAAAGAGUAACCAAGUUAAAGAAAAGGCUGUUUAAUGAGAUUAUAUAUUUAUUUUCAGGAUUAAGCUUUGCCUACAUACUUUGAUUUUUGGCUUGUACUAAUGUCUUCUGCAAAAUGAGAUUUGUAAUCCUUAGUAUGUAUGUUUUAUGUAACAAGACAGUCAAUUCUAGAUACUUUCCUUUUGAGAAUGUAAUUUAUUAUCAUGAAUAUUUAAGAAGUGUAAAUAGACUCGAUUGAAAAUAAUAAAUAUUUCCCCUUUUUCUUGUGCUACUUGAUGGUUUCUUUUAAAGAGAGACGAAUCUGU